CAGGCGCCGGAGAUGUGAUCAAUCUGACAGAAGUUCUCAUGACACCGUAACAGGGACUGCUGGAAAAUUUCUCAGUUGUUUGAAGCGAAAAUGGCAGUGGAGAAGCGCUUGGCAUUCUCUAUUGUGCAGUUCCUGCGAGAUCAAACACACUGUGGUGCUUUGAAUUCCGAUGAGCAGGAAAGCCUCGAAGUUGCAAUACAAUGUUUGGAGACCACCUUCAAGAUCAACUCCAGUGACUGUCAUCUCGCAGCACCACAACCUCUCACGGAAAUAUUCCUCAACUCUCUCCUCAAGAAUGACCAGAAUAACCUGGUGCUACCAGAGACAUCGCCAUCACCAGAAGACACAGAAAGGGCAGAACAGCUGAAGAAUGAAGGGAACAAUCAUAUGAAAGAGGAGAACUACAGCUGUGCGGUGGAGUGUUACACAAAAGCCAUUGAUUUAGACCUCCGAAACGCUGUCUACUACUGUAACAGGGCUGCAGCACACAGUAAAUUGGGGAACUACACAGAGGCAACGGGAGACUGUGAAAGGGCCAUAGGGAUCGACCCCAGCUACAGUAAAGCCUAUGGGAGAAUGGGAUUGGCAUUGACUGCUAUGAAUAAGUACCCAGAGGCCAUCUCCUACUUUAAGAAAGCUCUGGUUUUAGAUCCAGAGAAUGACACCUACAAAUCCAACCUGAAGAUCGCUGAGCAGAAACAAAAAGAGGCAUCCAGUCCUACGGCUACGGGACUGGGAUUUGACAUGGCCAGCCUCAUCAACAACCCUGCCUUCAUCAGCAUGGCUGCCAGUGUGAUGCAGAACCAACAAGUGCAACAGCUUAUGUCAGGGAUGAUGUCCAAUGCGGUCGGGGGUCCAGCAGCAGGGGUGGGAGGACUGUCGGACAUCUCCAGCCUGAUUGAAGCUGGUCAGCAGUUUGCCCAGCAGAUCCAGCAGCAGAACCCAGAGCUGAUCGAACAGCUGAGGAACCACAUCCGCAGCCGCUCCUUCAGUGGCAGUGCUGAGGAGCACUCGUGAUCCACACAGCGUACGUUUCAAUAGAGGAAGGGCAACCAUAUGUCGUGAUUACAAUCUCUACACCCAUUCCUUAAACUCACAUCACCGGCAAAGCUGGAAUGAAGAGACAGGCGGAGAUGGGGACCAUGUUACUUUACUGUGACUGGAUCUUCAGAGAGGAGAGGAGAGAAGAGAAACAGUCUACACAUUCUACAUACGUAAUAAGAAGAGAGAGUAUCCAACACAUUCUAUGUUGAUACUCAAAUCAGGAAAUAGAGUUUCAACCGCAUUCUAGCCACCCAAUUACUUUCAAAAACAUUCCCACCAAUCAGCAGAAAGAAUAUUCUACACAGUUCGAGACGCAAUCAGGAGACAGUCUCAACUAAUUCUUUUAAAUAUCCAACCCAGUGCACAGCAAAUAUUUUAUCUUUCCUCAAUGAUGUUCCAUUCCAAAUGGAUUUCUUUGUUUUUCUAUAUUGUGCUGUAGUAGAAAUGUGGAAACCAUUGCCGUGUUCCUAUACUGAAUAACAGAUCCUUUGUUCCGCACUGAUUGCACUGAUUCAACAGAAUUGUACGUAGGAGAAUGCAGGGGUGUAUACAGUGAGAUAAAAUGUUUAGAUAUAAAUUAAAUGAAUAGAGCUGAUUGGAUUCCCUAUUCUACAUGACAGGCAAUUGUAUCUGUUCUACACAAUACAGUUCUAUCUUCAUGUUCUGUAACAUUGCACCUUUCAGAACUGACCCCAGGAUUUGACUUAAAAUUGCUUUCAGUAAUUUCCUUGAGGGAAAGGGAGGAAGGAAUUAAGGAAGGAGUGAAAGGGAGGAAGGAAUUAAGGAAGGAGAGAAAGGGAGGAAGGAA